GGCCGCUCCCCGAGCUCUCGUGGUGAUCGACUCGCGCGUUUUGGAGGAGACGGUGAACAUCACGGGGACCGAUUCGGAGAUGACGGCAGACGUGAGCGCUCACCACAAGCACGGGAGAAGGACUUUCUCAUAAAGUCUCCUGGUGCGCGAGAAAAGGACAGCUGCACGGUGCGCAAAAAUAGCACAGAAGCUGAAGACUACAGGACGGCCGCUUCUCCGAAAGAACGAAAUGAUCGUGACAGGUACAACAGAGGCGAUCGAGGUAGCGGGGACCGUGACAAGAACGAGGAUUCAAGUAGUCCGAAAAUGACCUCUCCCAUGCAGCAUGAUUUGAUGGCCUCACGGACGCAUGAGGAAGCCACUGAUGCCGAUGCUGCUUGUCCUCGACAUGAAGAAAUGCACAGU